GAACCAAAGAGAGGAAACAACUCUAUUGAGCCCUACCAUCCGCCGCCCCCCCCCUCCGCGCCUCUCCGUGUGCCUGUCUGUCUGGCAGGCGGCUCCGCCAAGUCUGAUCCACGCCAUCGCGGAGUUUUUGGGAGGCAAGCACGGAGCAGAUCGGAGGUUUGGUCUCGGUCAAUGUGGGAGCCGAACUCCGCGCUGUCAGGAUCGAUUACUAAAGGCAGCAAUGGAACGAUUUGAUGUAAAGCCACCUCCUUCCCGGAGCCGUUCAAAGACUGCUUUAUACGUGACCCCUCAGGAUCGCGUGACUGAAUUUGGCAGCGAAUUGUAUGAAGACGGGGGGAAACUCUAUUGCAGUUUUUGCAAUGUAGUCCUGAAUCAUGUCCGCAAGUCUGCAAUCAACGAUCAUCUCAAAUCCAAGACACACACCAAACGUAAGGGAGAGUUUGAAGAGCAAAGUGUCAGAAAGAAACCACGGACCCUGACUGCCUCUCUACAGUGCAACAGCGCAACGCAGACAGAGAAACCCAGUGUAGUCCAGGACUUUGUAAAAAUGUUUCUGGAAGCUAGCAUUCCCCUUGAGAAGGCUGAUCACCCCGCUGUACGAGCAUUUCUCUCCCGCCAUGUGAAGAAUGGGAACUCCAUACCCAAGGCUGACCAGUUGAGGAAAAUCUAUUUGUCUGACGGGUUUACAAACCAGCUUAUUAAAUCUGAAGAACACUGAGAGGAAAGCCACUUGGUUCUGUGUGUCAAGUGUUAACAAUUGCAUAGCAGUGAUGUGGUUUAUUUUUCUAUUCAUACACCUGCAAUAGGUUUUGUAUUGUAAAAUGACAAUCUGUCUCGGAAUGCAGUGGUGUACAACCAAGAGUUGAUGGCUAUAGAAUAAGAGCUUAGCACUAGGUUGCUGAACUUUUGGGAGGGGAGGGGGGAGGGCAGGAAAUGGCAAGUAGGUGCCAUAUUGCUUAGUUUGUAAUCCCAGUCCUUAAUACCGUAGAAAACUUUCUCCAAUUGUUUCUUUUACAGUAUAUUUGUAAGUGAACAAAUUAGGUAUGGUUACCCCCAAGUGUUUAAUUUAGGGCUUUAGUACUAAAGGUGUCUUAUAUGUGUCUUAUCUUAUUUAUAUGUGUUCUUUGUAUAAAUUUAUCUUCAAUUUAACUGUAUUUAGAGUUUUUGCAGUAUUCUUGAACUUUGAUUUCCAGUACAGUUGUCACAGUUCUGCUGUGCAAACAGCUAUUCAAAGCUUGCUUUUUUGUUUGAUUCUCUGUAAUUCCAUACAAUAUAAAGUAAUUCACUCUUACAAAACCCACAUAAGUGCCAAUGCACUUUGCAUUGAAGGCAAAGCAUAGCACAUGCAUUUAGAUUUUUAUUUUCAUGGUCCUCUGUUUGGCUAUAAAUGGACUUCCUGAAAGAAAAAAUGUAUGAGGCACUUGGCAGGAGUAAAGAAUGGUUUUGCAAGAUUUUAAUUAUACUGCAAUUAAUCAGAAGUUGUAGAUUCUGAGAACAGCAUUAUAUACUGUAAGCAGUUACUUAUCAGUGCCAGGGAUUUGCAGAUAAUGCCUCUCUCAAAUGUUAUUUUCUGACAUGCUAUUUCCAUUUCUUAAAAUUAUGAAAUAGAAUUGUCCUGAAUAUUUUUAAUCCAUUUGAAUAUCUAAUACUGUAUGUUUGAACAUUGCUUCAAUUUGGAUCUGUGUAAAUACCAUGUCUGAAACAGAUUUGCUAAUACCUUUACUUAAAUACAUGUUUCCUUUUCUUGUUUGAAUUCUUUGCUGGGAGCAUAUGAUUAUUGAUAAUUUAAUUCUUGAUUAAAAUGUUCUUCAUGUGUUACUUAGCUGCAAAGUAUAAUUUUGCUCAAGUUAAGCAUGAUUGAUUAAAUAGUACUUAAAUCCUAAUGAUUUAAAUUGUUAUAUAACACCUGUUAAAUUUUGUUUCUAAAAAGUUAAUGUUCCUUAGAUCAUGCCCCACUUAAUUAACGCUUUACUUUCUAGUAAAUUAGCAAAAGAAGCAGAGCAGUUUCUUAUGACUGGUAUGCUUACAAGUACUAAAAUGAAAUCUGCACUCCAUUCCAGUGAGGGAAAAUACAAUGGAACUUUUCACUAUUGAGAUCCUAUUUGAAUUAGAUCAUGCAUUAUUGUCUUAGCCUUGCAUAUUUAUCUUUGAAUUCAAAUUGAUAGACAGCAAGCUAGGCUGCUACCACUGUUGCACAUUUGAAAUGUCCAUCAAGUUCAUAACAAAGCUUACAAUUAAUAAAGGUCUAAGUUCUGCUUGGUUUAUUAAAGUCUGGUGCUUAUACAAAUUGUUCUCUGACCUUUUCCAAGGAAUUGCUUGGUGUAUUAAAAAUUGUGACUUUCAUCUUUAAUUGACAGAUUUUUGUAGAAAUAUUAAGCAGGUCUUUUUUAUAAGAAGUAAACCCCAAAAUGAGUCAUUCUAUGAGGGGGGGAGUCAUUAAUAAGUCAUAAUUAAAUUUUUAUUCAUUAAUUUCAAUAGUUUGUAAGUAUUAUUAAGUCUGAAUAUUGCCUAAAGUUUCUUCUAAUUUUGGAGGAGCUUUUAGCUUUCUUCACAAAAAAAAUUUCCUUUUCUAUGAUUCGUGCUUUUUUAUUUCUUGUCAAGUUACUCUAAAUUUUGCAAAAAUGUAAAAUUUUGCAAAAUGAUCCAUCAAAGCUUGGGAAAAAAUGAGAUUGUUCUUCCGUAACUGAACAUUACUAAACCUUAAUUUAAUUACCUAUAUCUGGAGCAUAAUUUCUGUAACAAAGUGUUAGCGUGCAUAAGUCAUACGAUAGCAUAAACAAGGCCUGCUAAAUAUUAUUUUUUGAAUCCCUAAGACUACUUGCUGAGUUUUAAAAUAUGCCCAUAACUAUAUUUUCAGAUGUGCAUUUCAAUUUUAUAAACAGGCCUGUCAUUGUAAAAUUUAGGAUUAAAUGAGUGCCUCUUCCUACAAACUAAGCUCGCUAUAAUAAAUUAAAAUUAGGAAGAUGUCAUACUUUUUAUCUAAAAAGAGUGCCAUCUAAACCAGGGGUCUCCAACCUUUGCUGGCUGGGGAAUUCUGGGAGUUGAAGUCUGCCAGGCUUAAAAUUGCCAAGGUUGGAGACCCCUGAUCUAAACAAUAUGUAGGAUUUUGUUUUUGUUUUGCAGACUUAACUCUCUGAUACUUACUUUAGAGAUUUUUGUUUGCUUAUAUAAUGAAACAUAUGCAUUAGUUUAAAUAGGGGACUGUAAUGCAUUAUCAUCAGUAGAUGUGUAUUUCUUGUCUGCCUCAUUCAUAAACCUGUAUGAAGGUUAGUAACAGAGUAGAGGCCCUAUAUGUAAUACAAUGGAAAAUGCAUGUUUUAAAUUCCUUAAGAUUAUAUCAUUCUGCUACUUUGCUACUUCCAUUUGCAAUCUUGUAUACAUUAACGGCGGGAAGUCUUUCGUGUUUGAAUGUUUUCUUUUCACUGUUCCAGCUAACAUGCAGAAUAGCAGUCCACGUAUCUUCCCAGAUUUCUCAAAUGGCUUACCACAAAAUGAUUUAUAACUUACUCCAUGGUAGGCUACAUAAGCCUGAAAAGACUGCAGCCUAAGGGGAGAGUUAAAUUGUCUUUUAAUCUAUAUGCGUAAUAAAAAUCAUGGCAAGAGGCAUUACACUUUUUUAAAAACCACAAUUUUAUAUGUGCAAAUUUUUGUCGAGAAUGAAAUCCAGAGGAGCAAACAAUCGAGACUUUACUUGAACCUGCUUUAUUAUUUUAAUAAAAUUUGUGCAUAUAGUGAACAAGGAAAUCAGUAAUGCUAUCCAGCCAAGAUAAUACAGCAUUGUGCCACAGAUUUACUGAUCAACUAUAUGGACAGAAAAGGCCAAGGCUGCAGUCUUCUGCUUCAGUAUUUGAAAGUUAACCUGUAUUGGAUUUUCUGUGAAAUGUGCUUCCAAAUAAAUUGCAUAAAAUCAGGCUACAUAAAUGUAAUUUCUAAGCCUAAGGCCAUAUCUGGCAACUCAUUAUUUAUGGUGGUUGACUCUAGUAUGUGUUCAAGACAAGCUUGUAUUCAGGUUUUCUUACAGCUGAAAUGGGUGCAUAUGUGUACAUCUGUGGGAAAAACAAAUGUUAGGGUUUUUGAAAAUAUAUUAUGAAGCAAUUUCAUAAUCAUAAUGUUGGAUAUAAGCAUGGCAUUUAAAGUAUCCUGAGUGGGCGAAUGAAGAUACUAAUAAUGGUCUAUUAAAUAUAGACUUAGCUUUACUCCCAGAAAAUCAAUGGGUCUUGGUCAUUGCUUGCUUUUCACAUUAAUUUCAAUAGAAUUUAAGUAUAGCCAAAAAAGUACAAGUCUAAUUAGAAUUAAGCUGCAGUAAAUUUAGAUGAGCUUCCUUCCAUGUGGAGCUAUUCUGAAUUGAUCUUCAAAUAUUUGAUGCCUAUCUGAUUAUCUCUUAAAAAACUAAUUUCUAAUGCCAACUUUCAAUCCUAAUACUGGAUUUAAAAAAGUUUUACCCAAUCAGUCUAGUUUACUAUAGAAAGUCUUUCUUUUUCUAGCUAAGGAAUGUUCUUACAAUAGCAUCCACCAUUUUAACACGUAUUUUUGAGAGUUAAAUCAAUCGCAACUAUACAAAAUUUAACUGCUAAAUUCUUAACUUGAUUCUGUGUCUCUCUCUUUUAUCCUUUGAACAAAAUAAGGAACAUAAUUAUAAUGUAAUAAUUGCAUUUAAUUUAUAGAUGCACAUUGUAUGAAUAAUCUUGCUACCCUUUUUUAUAAUUUCAUCUUUGAAUUUGCUGCUAGGGUGAUUUUUUGUUUGUUUGGUUUGUUUGUUUUUGGGUUUGCUCAUGCAUGUUGAGCAUUCAUUGUCUUUAUGUUUUUAAUGCUCUGUGUUAACUUUACAGAAUAAAACAUUUUAAAGUAAA